UUGGGGCGGGCGGCGGGGGCGCAGAACCGGGCGGCGCGGCGGCAGGAGAGGAGCGGAACGAUCGCAGCGCCAUGGUGGAUUAUCACAGCGCCGGGCAGCCCUAUCCCUACGGUGGUAAUGGGCCCGGCCCUAACGGCGACUAUAUGGCCCAGGAGGAUGAUUGGGAUCGAGACCUUCUCCUCGAUCCCGCCUGGGAAAAGCAGCAGCGCAAGACGUUCACGGCUUGGUGCAACUCCCACCUGCGGAAGGCCGGCACGCAGAUAGAGAACAUCGACGAGGAUUUCCGCGACGGCCUCAAGCUCAUGCUGCUUCUGGAGGUGAUUUCAGGGGAACGAUUGCCAAAGCCGGAGCGGGGUAAAAUGAGAGUGCAUAAAAUCAACAACGUGAACAAAGCCCUCGAUUUCAUCGCCAGCAAAGGCGUCAAGCUGGUCUCUAUCGGAGCUGAAGAGAUCGUCGACGGCAACGCGAAGAUGACGCUGGGCAUGAUCUGGACCAUUAUCCUCAGAUUCGCCAUUCAGGACAUCUCGGUGGAAGAGACUUCGGCGAAGGAGGGCUUGCUGCUGUGGUGCCAGAGGAAGACUGCUCCCUACAAGAACGUCAACGUGCAGAACUUCCACAUCAGCUGGAAAGACGGUCUUGCUUUCAACGCCUUGAUCCACAGACACAGACCGGAGCUCAUCGAAUACGACAAACUCAGAAAGGACGACCCCGUGACGAAUCUGAACAACGCCUUCGAAGUGGCGGAGAAGUACCUGGACAUCCCCAAGAUGCUGGACGCAGAGGAUAUUGUAGGCACUCUCAGGCCCGAUGAGAAGGCCAUCAUGACAUACGUUUCCUGCUUCUACCACGCUUUCUCGGGUGCUCAGAAGGCCGAAACCGCGGCCAACCGCAUCUGCAAAGUGCUGGCCGUCAACCAGGAGAACGAGCACCUGAUGGAAGACUACGAGAAGCUCGCUUCCGACCUUUUGGAGUGGAUCAAGCGCACCAUCCCUUGGCUGGAGGACCGCAGCCCGCAGAAGACCAUCCAGGAGAUGCAGCAGAAACUGGAAGACUUCCGCGACUACCGGCGCGUCCACAAACCCCCCAAAGUGCAGGAGAAAUGUCAGCUGGAGAUUAACUUCAACACUCUGCAGACGAAGCUCCGGCUGAGCAACAGACCCGCUUUCAUGCCCUCCGAGGGGAAGAUGGUCUCGGACAUCAAUAACGGCUGGCAGCACUUGGAGCAAGCCGAGAAGGGCUACGAGGAAUGGCUGCUGAACGAGAUCAGGCGGCUGGAGCGGCUCGACCACCUGGCCGAGAAGUUCAGGCAGAAGGCGUCCAUCCACGAGGCCUGGACCGAAGGCAAGGAAGCCAUGCUGAAACAGAAGGACUACGAAACCGCCACGCUGUCGGACAUCAAAGCCCUCAUCAGGAAGCACGAAGCCUUUGAGAGCGACCUGGCGGCGCACCAGGACCGCGUGGAGCAGAUCGCUGCUAUCGCGCAGGAGCUCAACGAGCUGGAUUACUACGACUCGCCCAGCGUGAACGCUCGGUGCCAGAAGAUCUGCGACCAGUGGGAUGUCCUGGGCUCCUUGACCCACAGUCGGAGAGAAGCUCUUGAGAAAACGGAGAAGCAGCUGGAAACGAUCGACGAGCUGCACCUAGAGUACGCGAAGAGGGCGGCCCCCUUCAACAACUGGAUGGAGAGCGCCAUGGAGGACCUUCAGGACAUGUUCAUCGUCCACACCAUCGAGGAGAUCGAGGGGCUCAUCGCCGCUCACGACCAGUUCAAGUCCACCCUGCCCGACGCCGACAAGGAGCGCGAGGCCAUCCUGGGCAUCCAGAGGGAAGCGCAGCGGAUCGCGGACCUCAACAGCAUCAAACUCUCUGGGAACAACCCCUACACCUCUGUCACCCCGCAGAUCAUCAACUCCAAGUGGGAACGGGUCCAGCAGCUGGUGCCAAAGAGGGACCAUGCCUUGUUGGACGAGCAGAGCAAGCAGCAAUCCAACGAGCACUUACGGCGGCAGUUCGCCAGCCAGGCCAACAUCGUGGGGCCCUGGAUCCAGACCAAGAUGGAGGAGAUCGGUCGCAUCUCCAUCGAGAUGAACGGCACGCUGGAGGACCAGCUCAACCACCUCAAGCAAUACGAGCAGAGCAUCGUUGACUACAAACCCAACAUCGACGUGCUGGAACAGCAGCACCAGCUCAUUCAGGAGGCGCUGAUCUUCGACAACAAACACACCAACUACACCAUGGAGCACAUCCGCGUGGGCUGGGAGCAGCUCCUCACCACCAUCGCCCGCACCAUCAACGAGGUGGAGAACCAAAUCCUCACCCGCGACGCCAAGGGCAUCAGCCAGGAGCAGAUGCAGGAAUUCAGGGCGUCCUUCAACCACUUCGACAAGGACCACGGCGGCGCCCUGGGACCGGAGGAGUUCAAAGCUUGCCUCAUCAGCUUGGGCUACGACGUGGAGAAUGACCGACAGAAGCGCACGGGAAGCGUGGACACCGAUGACUUCCGAGCUCUCCUUAUCUCCACGGGAUACAGCCUGGGUGACGCCGAAUUUAACCGGAUCAUGAGCGUCGUGGAUCCCAACAACAGCGGCAUCGUCACCUUCCAAGCCUUCAUCGACUUCAUGUCGCGAGAGACCACCGACACCGACACGGCUGACCAAGUCAUCGCCUCCUUCAAAGUCCUGGCCGGGGACAAGAACUACAUCACGGCCGAGGAGCUACGGCGGGAGCUGCCCCCCGACCAGGCCGAGUACUGCAUCGCCCGCAUGGCUCCCUACCAGGGCCCCGACGCCGUCCCCGGCGCCCUGGACUACAAAUCCUUCUCCACCGCGCUCUACGGCGAGAGCGACCUCUGAGCCGCCGCGGCACCGGCACCACCAAGCGCUGGCGCUUCCCGGCAGGAGCCAAACCCCCGGUUUUGGGUUAUUUUUCCCGCCCACCCACCCUCCCCGCGCUCUGCACCCACACUCGCACACUCUCUCCUCCCCGGGGGAGCUGAGGUGGGGAGGGGGGGGGGGGUGUCACAGCAAACCCCCCCCCUCCCCACCGUCGCCGCCCGGUUAUCCCCGCCACGUAACCUAUGCAAUGAUUUCUUUUGGGGUGGUUUUAGUUGGGUUUUUUUUGCCACUUUGCGGGGAGCGGCGGGGGGGGGGUCCUCACCUUUUAGUCAGGUUUCUCGGCAGGGGAGCAGCGGCGCGCCCGGCAGCUCUGGCUCAGAUUAUUUUUUUUAAUAUAAACCCCUUCUAUUUUUUCAACUGACGAAGAGGAGCCCCUUCCCCCCCCCCUUUAAUUUAUGCCUCUCCGUAGCAGAAAAAUCCCACCGGGGUCUUUGCCCCAGCUCGGGGAGGAAGGGGGGGGGGCCCCAGCUCAGCCCCCCCUCCCUCCCUCCACCCUUGGAGCAGGUUUUUCUGAGGACCAAAAAAUAAAAAAAAGAAGAGAAAAAAAAAAAAAAAAAAAAACCAAAGCCUGAUCUUUUAAAAUUUAAAUGAAAACCAGAAGGUUCCUAUUUACUUUAUUAACUUACGGAUUUAUUAUAUAAAUAUAUAUUCACCUAGCAGCAUCUAGUACCGGUUUUCUUUGUCAUGUAAUUAAAAUAUUGCUGAUAACUGU